AUGGACAAUAGCGUGGAUGGACAGGGUGCGCCAGGCGCUGGAGGCGCUACACCAGGUGCAUCUGAUAACACCCACAACAAUAAUGCUAAUGGGAACAACAUCGCCAAUGGUGGCACUAUACCCCGGCAGAGAGGUGCCUCUUACUCGUCCCAGCGGUCUAGGAAAGGAAGCAUACACCAGGAUCAGCCGUCGUGGUACAGACGCAUACUUGAGAAGUACGGCAGCUUGGAGCUGGAAAACAAAGGCAGCGUUGCCAGAGACCAUCUCGCCCUGGAACGCACAUUCCUCUCAUGGCUACGAACAUCUCUCGCCUUCGCCUCCAUAGGGAUAGCAGUGACUCAGCUUUUCCGUCUCAACACCGCCAUCCAGCAGCUAGAUCCCUCGCAGAACAGUCCCAGCAACCCGUCUGCUCUCCUAUCAGAACAUUACAGAGAAACGUCCAAGGGUCUCUACUUCACCAUCACAAGCAACAGCAGCCAACUGCGUGGUCUUGGAAAGCCGCUAGGCGCCACCUUUAUCGGGGUAGCUAUCCUCGUCCUCUUCAUCGGCUUCCACCGCUAUUUUGAGAGUCAGUACUGGGUGGUCAGAGGGAAGUUCCCUGCCAGCCGCGGUAGUAUAGCCCUGACAGCAUUUAUUACUGCGUCUCUCAUGGUCAGCAGUUUGGUCAUCAUCCUUACUAUAUCGCCGGUUACAUGCAUUUAUGCGGAGUUCAUCGAGUUCAUAUUCCUUUCCUCCUCUUGUUGGAUAACUGGGAACAACAACGAAGGGCCUCGUCACAUCACAUCUUGCUAUCCAUCAACCUACCUGGACCCUCGAAAAGCAAAAACAAAAAUUGCCAGCUUUGCUUAUCUGGUCAUCAGGUUUGGACUUCUUUUGCUUAUAUUUUUGCUUCUUUUACCCUGCAUUGUACAUCUACUUCUUGUUCUUGCUUUUCCUUCCGUUAUGCUCUUCUUCGAAUACCCCGCCUAUCGCCGGCUUUGGUUCACUCUUUUUGUUUCGUUCUUUUCUCCAUCUGUUGACUUGUUCAUUUUUCAUCCAUAA